AUGGAAGCGUUUAUGCAGGAAUUCUCUAUUCCGAAGCAUCAAAUCCGGGAAACGGAAUGUCCAAAUCGGUUCGUGCUGUUGGUACACAAAUCUUGGCUACGAUCCCUUGCCCAGGGUAAGGUGUCGAAAGAGUUUCCUACCUACGGGCUGGCCGAUGCCCUGGAGUGGCCUACGGAAAACGAAACGGGACCAUGGAGCCGAAUUUAUGCAGCCGUGCAUAAAAAACAAAACUGCAAAGUAAUACCACUGCCGAGGAACAAGCAUUUAAACGGAAGUGCGAGCGCCGGAACAAACGAUCUGCUGCUAUCACCGCUCGGCACUUCCAGUGAUGGAGAGGAUCCGUUACAUUACUCUCAGCUGCUGCAAUACGUGUCCACGGCGAACCACAAAAAUCUGUGGAAAUCAGCGUACCGAAAGUACGCUGCUUCCCGUCCUACCAACAUUCCCACCGGAUCGCAGCUCCGCAAUUCCGUUAGCAGCGCAUUUAGCGAACACCGCGACCUGCAUUCCAGUGGCAAUCACAGUACAAAUGGCAAAAAAGGACCAGCCACCGGUGACAUCGCCGGAUCUGGCAAUCACAUAUCAACGGCAUCGCCCACGAUGGUAGGGAACCAACCGGCAGCCCUUCCGCACGAUGCCGUCUUCCGGGAGGUGCUAGCCCGUGCAUUCGGUUGUCCAGUGUUGCAGAACACCGUCGGGAAGGAGGAACUACCAGCAGCACAAUCCGCAUGCUUCUCACCGGGAUCCGACGGCCAACUGAGCAAUGCGAAUCUCUUCCCAGUACUGGCAACCAUCGAAACGGGGGCCACGUUUUACAUUCUGUACGAUCUGUUUCUGGCGAAUAACUUGCUCGAUUGUGUCACGUACAGUCCUGCAAUAGUGGAGCGAUCGUACAACAAACCACUGUUCAUCGUCUACCAGAUGCUGCAGCUAAUGCAAAGCUUUCACGAUCGCGGCCUCAACCUGGGCGAUGUGAGUCUGAAGGAUGUGUACAUGACCGAGAACCUUUGGAUACGCGUGAUGCCCAAUCUGGAGGCGAACCUGCUCGAAUAUGAUGAAGAGCUGAUGCGGCAGAUGGGUGAGCUGAAUAUCGCGAGUACCGGAGGCCCAGCGGCAGGGUUAAUGCGAUUAAGCGUGACCAAAGAGCCCGUCAUGAACUGUUCGCUUCGAGAGUACUGCGAGUUGUGGUGCCAUGGGCACCUGUCGAACUUCGAUUAUCUAACUAUUCUCAAUAACAUGACUGGCCGACGAGUCGGAUGUGCCGAGUAUCAUCACAUCAUGCCGUGGGUGACCGAUUUCUCAUCCCGUUCCGGCCAAGCUUGGCGUGAUUUGAAGAAGUCAAAGUUCCGCCUCAACAAAGGUGACGCACAGCUCGAUCUCACGUUUCAGGCCGCGGCUGCGCUCGCUGGCCACGGAAGCCAUGAGCAAACUGGUGCCUCUCCGGCCGCCAUUCCUCACCACGUGUCGGAUGUCCUGUCGGAGAUCACUUACUACGUGUACAUGGCGCGCCGAACACCGAAAGCGGUUCUCUGUAAACACGUCCGCCCGAUUUGGGUACCGGCAGAAUAUCCGGCCACGAUCCAGCGGCUGUUCGAAUGGACGCCGGAUGAGUGCAUACCGGAGUUCUUUUCCGAUCCGUCCGUGUUCAAGAGCAUCCAUGAGGAUCUUCCCGACCUGGAGAUACCGAGCUGGUCGAGUUGUCCGGAGGAUUUCGUGCUGAAGCACCGCGAGCUGCUUGAGAGCCAGUACGUGUCCGAACGAUUGCACCACUGGAUCGAUCUCACGUUCGGGUACAAAUUGACGGGAGCUGCAGCCGUACGCUCGAAAAACGUUUGUCUCUCUCUGGUCGACAAACAUCAGAAUCUCUGCCACCGGGGUGUGGUGCAACUUUUCGGUUGUCCUCAUCCUCCCCGCCAGUUCCCGACGGCGUGGAACGGCAAAGCACCACCCAGGCUGCAACAUCUACAGCACGAAACGAACCGUAGGUUAACCCGCAGCACCGAAGACCUCACCAGGCACGUGCAACCGAGCGAUGGACCAUUGGCAGCGGUAACGGCGACAGCUGUAAUGCACCGGGAUCACUCUCCGGCGCCGGUGGCCAGUUCAGCGUCCUAUAGACAUUCAACGCAAAAUCUCCAACAGCAGUACUACGCCCUGAAGUCGUCCGAAUCGAGCUUUAACAUAAACCAAAUGCAACCAAAGUCGCCCGGUUCGAUCGUGCUGCCCAAGACGUACAAUCCGAUAGCACAGCUGGCUGCGGUCGAAAGUCUCGGUACGUUCCGCCGGAAGGUAUUCCACUCGGGCGGUGCAAGCGAUUCGUCUGCGAAGCAGCUCGACGAGUACGACCUUUGGUGUACAAGGAUGGAUGCCCGCCCGGCUACGACCGGUGGCAACGCGUUCGUAAAUCGUAUUUUCAGCGAAACGUACGAACGCACGCUUCAUCGGGAACAAUCCAGCGUUCCGGUCUCACAAUCAUCCCACCAGCAGCAAACCAACGUCGCUCGUCAGAAUCUCAAACAGCUGCUGCUGCAGCAACGCACCAAGGAUCUCAAAGUGCUCGGUUGCUUGGUGGUAGAGCUUUUUCUCGCAUCCAAAUUACUCCCGCUAGGUAGCUGCCUAAAGCAGGACUUUGAUGAGCGGCUUGACGCUUGCACGCGUCUCGUCAACGACGAACCAAAAGCCCUCCCAUUAUGUCUCCUCCCGGUAGUACGUCAACUUCUCGGGCUAGAGGAAGAGCUGGAUCCGUCGGGUGUCACUGAUCGGGGUCUACCACCACCUACGCCUCACCAGUACCUGCAACCACUGCUUGCCAACCUUCUCAUCCCGUUUCCGGCACACUACCAUCGGCUGUAUCAGACCGUGCGAGUCCUUCGCGCCUUCGACGAGUGUCUACAGCUGGUCGAACUGCAAACAUUCUUCGAAUGUGACGGGAAAAGCUGCUCACGGUAUGCGGCCCUGGAUCGAUCACGUAUCGAGUACCGGCGGUUGAUCGCCGAGUGUAAGGUGAACGCCUGUGUGGCCCUUGUCGAUCCGUUACUGCAACCCGCGGGUCACGGGGAACAGUUCUCUUCGGUGGAACUGCUGCUUCCGCACAUCAUCGAGCUGAUUCUGCACGACGAUACGUCGAUUCCUGCUGCCUGGAAUCUGUUCGAUGCAAUCGCGACCGCGUUGGGUGUGCGGAAGACUCAGAUUUGUCUCUUACAGCCCAUCCUCGCGCUGUACGAUUCGGAUGAAAUGGACACGACGGUUGGUGCAUCGCGGUCUUCUGGUGCAGGGGUUAAAGAAGGACCUGCUUUUGGCAGCGGAAGUAUGUUGGGUGUAAGCGAUGGCGAACCACCGUCGUACCUCAAAUUCACGCCCCGCAAUACGUCGUUUAAAUCGAAAAAAUCGGUCAAGCUGUAUCACCACAGCUUUCUGCUGAAGCUGAUCGUUCGGUUCGGGUUGCGUUGCUUUCUGGAACACUUUGCCGUACCGCUGGUCGAAGCCGUCGGAGGAUACCGGGACGGGGACUUCAAUCAGUCCUACCACGUGCACGAACCCGUCUGGCCGUUUGGGGGCGAGUUUCGAAAAUCGCGAUCAUAUCGCAGCUUCAAGCUAAACAGCGCCAACACAGUCGAUGACGCGUCCACGGGUGUUGAAGCAGAUCCGGCGACCCUCUCGAACACGCUCGUUUCCCCUAACUGUUCCGAUCGGACGAUUUCACCCACGGUAACCGGCCGCGGUGGGUUCAAUCCGUUAGACGAAGAGGAACUGUUGGCGGUGGAUACACCGGGAGCUGGCCUGACGACGCGGGAUUCCGAUCAGAUGUUCGUUUUCGAUGAAGAUCCGCAGGCUAAACGACGUUCGACGAUCACGCUCGAGGAUGACGACGCUGUUGAGAAUGCAAUGCGCAGUAUCAUCGAUGACGAGGAGCUUGAUUUGAAGCUGAACCACUCGCAGGCUGAGGAAGCGUUCGAAGACGCAGACGUUGGAUCGGCUGGCCAGCAUGGAGACCUAAAAUCACCGACUAUUCCCAUUCCACCGUCAUCGUCCUUCCGACGAAGCAUCGAGUUUCACUCGAUCGGUUGCGAGAUUGGCAGCAAAAAGAGCAUCGAUUCCGGGGAAUUUUUGUAUAAAACUCCCGUCGAUGUCACACUGGGAAGCAAAGAUGGUCCCCCUGCUGCGCCAUCCCUCGACGGGCGCCGCGAUUCAUUGGCCGGUGGUGGUUUGCUAAACCGCUCGAAAUCGACGGAUUCCAACAAAACCCGCUCGAAUCGCAUCUCGGAGAUGAGCUCCGAGAGCAUCAUUUGGCUAUCGCACCGGCUCGGUCCGGUGCUGACCGCUCGCUACCUCUCCCGGAACCUGCUCAAAAUGCUCACCCUGUGUUACAUCGGUGCGGAAAACCUUUUUCCCAGUUCGGACGGAAACCAACCGAACCGGCUAUCAUCCCCGACGGCGUCAGGUACCCCGAGCGGUCUGAAUCACUUCUCCAUAACCGAGGGCGGCGUGGUUGGGGAUGAAGCGGCCCUCCGUGUCAUCGAUUGCCUCACAUCGAUAUCGGCCCUGUUUGGGGAACACUUCAUUCUGGUGCAAUACCUCCCGCACGUGAGUGAAGUAAUUGCACUCUGUCGGAAGCGCAUCACACCGACACUCGAGGGUGGCCUCAUCAGUGCACUGCAGUUGCUCAAGUGUCUAAUACCGUAUCUCAACGAUUCGACUGUGAUGGAGCAGCUUCCGGAAACGUUUCUGCACCAGAUCCUGCAUCCAGCCGUCCGGUUGCUUGAAUCCUCCAAGUACACUAUGCCAAGUGGCUUCCUGGCACGAUCUGUACUGGCCCGCAAGCUGCUCGACGCCCUGUACGUAAUUUCGGUACGCAUCGGACGUGAAAUGACACGUGAACAUAUCUGCGUACCGGCGUUGCAGCGCUUCUUCCUAAUCUUCGAUAAAGCUUACGCACGGCACCAGGAACAUUUCUCGCCCGUUGUGGCCGACUCCCAGGGGCAGGUGUCCGAACCACCGUUCGGUAGUUUCACGCCUCCCGGUGCUUUAGGACCGUUGACAACCGGCGAUACACACCACGGCCAGGGUGGAACUCGUGCUAAAGCGAUGGAAGAGAUACGGGACGUUUUUACGCCGAAUCUGGCGUAUUGUACGUUCCUGCCGUUCCUGAACUAUCUCGGCCAGCAGGAGAUGAGCCGAUGCGUGACCAAUUUGCCGCUCAUUUUGAACCUCUGCCACGAGCACGAGCAGAUGGAUUAUGGACGGACUGGGGCGGGUGCAUCAGGGGGCACUUCCGGAUCCACACAGGCUGUGGCAGCGUCCGAGGAGGAACAGCUCGAAUCGCUAAACUGCUCCAACAGCUUUGGAUCCAAUAUCAUCGGUAACCGGAUCGAAUCGUCCGCCACAACCGGGCGACUCGAGCACAAGGACCUCCUCGGUCUAGUCACGUACCGACUCGAUAACGUGAACAGCUCACGGAACCUCCGCGGCAAUUGGCUAGCGUACUGGGAGCAUGAAAUCGGCCGCUCGGAAAAAGACACCCGGUUGAACCUGAAGCAGAUCAAGCUGCAAACGUACACCGGCCACUCGAGCUCGAUCAAGGCGGUGCUGGCGCUGGACAACGAGAACAGCUUCAUCUCGGCUUCGAAGGACAAAACGGUGAAACUGUGGUCGUUGAGAAGCGAAGGGGACGGUUCGAAAGUGUCCUCGUGUCAGUUCACCUACGCGUACCAUCGCAAAUCGGUGCAUUCGCUGGCAUUCCUUGAAGCGCUCCGGUUGACGAUCUCAUGUGAUUCCGGUGUGCAUUUGUGGGACCCAUUCGUCGGGGCUCACAUUGGCCAGUUGGACGUGCCCAAGCACUCGCCCGUGUCCGUGGUGAAAACGUUCCCGUCACCGAAUUGUCUCGUACUAGCUGGAACUGCCGACAGCUCGGUGAAGCUGAUCGAUGCGCGCACGUUUAGCUACUGCCACGAGUGGAAGGUGGCCCUUACACCGGCCGGUACGGUGAGAACGAUUGCCGUUGCACCCGGUGCCAAUUGGGUGGCCGUUGGGCUCACGUCGGGCCACAUCGGUGUGCUGGACGCGAGAACGGGCGGUAUCAUUUCGUCCUGGCGCACCAACGAUAACGAUCUGCUUCAGUUGCUGGCACCGAAUGAUGCCCAACUGAUCAGCUCAGGGCUCGAUCAGAUGAUUGGCGUGUGGAGUCCUCACACUGGCCACCUACAGUUCCACAUGAGAAAUCGUCCCGAACCGGCCCACUGCAUGGUGAACAACGGACCGGAGCUAAUUGUGGGUACACCGACGAACCGAAUCGGUGUGUAUAGUGCGAUUGCACCGGAUUCACCGUACUCGUACACCAAACUUCGCUCGGAAACAUUCCGUGGUGUGCUGACCAGCUUCGCCUUGCUUCCACUCAACCGCAUGAUGCUCGUCGGUGGUGACAAUGGUACCAUCACCCUACUGUGUUAAAAUUUGACCCAAAUAGCUGCUUAUCAGUAGUGAUAUUAUUACCUAUGAAUAUACUGAGGUGUGAUUUUUUUCUUUCUCAUUAGUUUUGUUUGUACGAGUGCCCCCUCUGGAGGGUACGAACAUUUAUGAGUGUGAAUAUCGUUUGUUAGGGAAACGUGUUUGAAGUAGAAGGUAAUAAAAUGACAAACU